AUGGCGUCCCCAAAUAAUAUCAAACUGUCCGUUACAGAUGCACCCGUUUUUAGCUUCAACCCGAAGGUAGAAACGGCUGAGAAGGCAAGCGAGUUGUUGCAGAAAGAUGAGCAAGAGCAUAAUAUCUACUUCAAUGACAUGGGAUUCCACAACCACAUUGAUCACCAUGUACUAUCCAUCUACGCUCUUGGGGCCUCCCCAGAAGACGUAGAGCAUGCCUAUGCCAGCGGUUCCAGCUAUCAACGGCCUGCUCUCCCAGUAGACGAGGACGUUGUCAAGCGUCUAAGCAAUGAAGAUGAAUUUAGGAAACUAGCUGGAAAGAGGGAGCAUUACCCAAAUUUCCUGCAUUUUUUCAAACAGGAGCUCGAGUCCAAGGGCGUCGACUCUGUUGUACAAAAGUAUCUCUUUGCGGGAGGAGAAUUUGCCGACGAAAUGCUGGCGCGACUUUUUGGAGGACUUAUACAUCCGCUGAUCCAUCUGGGAUUUGGCAUUGAAUUCAACCAGCCCUCUAUCAUUGCCCAGGGACUUGCUCAAACCGCCACGCAUGAUAAACAGCUGGAGACCUUCUUCCAGCCCGCAGAGAAGAUGGCACGCGAUGCCGGGAAACCCAGCAACAAAACAUUGGUGCAACUCCAAGAUGAGCUACGGAACGAUGCAGAUAUCAAACGAUCAGUUGAGUGGGCUGACUCGAGUAAAUUUUUUGACGGUGUGAUGCAUCGAUGCCCGGAAAAGAUGAUUAAAUAUGCCAGCCAGUUCAACGUCGACCCCAACCAAUUCGACGAGAAGCUUGCUGAAUUGAUUAACUCAACGGUGUAUUUCACCGGAACGGCCCAAAAUCCCAAGAAGGCAAUCAGGUUUGAUUUCUUCUACAUUCAUGCGUUGAACUCCAACAUAUUCCUUCCUGCUUUCUUUGCCCAGCCUUGGAUGACCAAGGAGAAUAAGGUGCGUCUUCUUGAAUGGAAAGCUCGUAACGAUCUCCUUACCUACGUCUCUCGCGGGUGCACGGAGCCGUACCUGGAGGAUAUCACAAGUUACCCUGCCAAAUUAGACUGGAAAGGAGUGUUCAAGGAGACCGUGGCACUUAAGCAGGAUGACGGACAUGCUGCCAAAUUUGUCCGGCAUAUCGCCUAUGGAGAGAAGGUUUGCAAGCCGUAUGAAGAAAAGAACGGUUUCCGUAUUAAGGGUGACAUGUGGCUGAAGCUGGGAAAUAUGCUGGUUGAUUCUAUCCAUGCGCCAGGACCCAACUGGGUAAGAUCUGCCGGGUUUGAGGAGGCAUGGGAGGAAAUUCCAGCUCGACAGUAG